AUUCAAUUCUCUCCGUCAAAUUCCCAAGCUCCGACCCGAUUAUCCGAAUCCGUUCAUCAUCAUCAUCAUGACUCUGUUCUCAUACUUUUUCCCUUCUCGCCGGCGAUCCAGCCGGAAAUCUGGCCUCCGGAAGCGGUGCUUGGUCGUGGCCAAGCAAGAGAAGACUCGGUUCUAUAUACUCAGGCGCUGCAUCAUGAUGCUUUUGUGCUGGCAAAAUCACUCCGUCGCCGAUUGAUCGCGAAAUUGGAGGAGAUCGAGGAAUUUGAUCGGCGGCAGUGAAUCGGCGGAGCCGAUGGAGCUAUUAGGGAAGAUCGGAGAAGCCGGUCAAAAUCGACGGCUCUGCCGUACAGUGGAUGGAUCGAUCAUGCUGUUAUAAUUAGGUUUGGACUUUGGAUUUUGGAUGCAUAGAUAGAUUUUUGCUUCAAAUGAGGGGAGCAGACGGAAAGUUAGAACGUGAGUAGUUCAGAAUUUUUUUUUUGGGGGGUUUUUAAAGUUGGAUGUUUGCUUUUUUGCCAAUUUGCCUCAUUCUCAUUGUAGUUGGAAAUAGCUACGUUUAUUUAUUUAUUUUUAUUUUUUGAAAGCAAAAUUGCUUUAGUCUCCAAUUUGUUACUACCAAAGCUUCUUACUCUAUUUAAUUUGAUGAUGGGGUCGCCCUUGGAGCUAAAACCACUUCUUCUGAGACCAUUUGGAGAUCAGAGCGAUGAUCACCAAAAGCUCCAAGAGUUGGUUGCCCGUCUUGAAGAAGAACGCCUCAAGAUCGACGCUUUUAAACGCGAGCUUCCCCUUUGCAUGCAGCUCCUUACCAAUGCUAUGGAGGCUUCAAGGCAGCAGUUACAAACUUACAAGGAUUUAGUGGCUCAGCCGCGGCCGCCGCCGGUUCUUGAAGAAUUCAUCCCACUCAAGAACAAAUCAUCUUCAAGCCACGACGACGACGAUGAUGUCAUCAGGGAGAAAGAUACGGUCAAGAAACCGAACAUGGCGCCCGACAACAAGGCCAACUGGAUGACCUCAGCCCAGCUAUGGAGCCAUCAUCAUCAUCAUCAUCAAGCAAAUAUUAAUAAAAGUAAAAGUGAAGGCUCCAAGCAGUUAGAUGUUGUUGUUUACAGUUCUCCUAAAGAAGGUGGUGGUGAUGAUGAUGAUGAUGAUAGUAUAGGGUUUUCAAUUAUGACCCCAAAGGCUGCAGUCUCGGAGACUGCAGCCGUUGGGGGAGGGGCGUUUCUGACAUUUCCCAAUCCGACCACCCUGGCACUGGGCGCGUCGCUGUCCGCGCGUGACAAAAAGGGGGACGAUCAAGCAGACAACGUGGAUGCGGUGAGUUGUAUCAGCCAAAGGGACGGUCAAACCGCCGCUGCAGCGGCGGUGGCCGCCAAUAACAACAGUAACUCCUCCUCCACCACCGCCACGCAAACGCAACGGAAGGCGAGAAGGUGUUGGUCUCCCGAUCUGCACCGGCGCUUCGUUAAUGCUCUUCACAUCUUAGGUGGAUCUCAAGUUGCCACCCCAAAACAAAUCAGAGAACUCAUGAAAGUUGAUGGUUUAACUAAUGAUGAAGUCAAAAGCCAUCUCCAGAAAUACAGACUCCACACGAGGAGGCCGAUUCCGAGCCCACAAACGGCGGCGUCAGGGGCACCUCAGCUCGUCGUUUUAGGCGGAAUAUGGGUCCCGUCGGAGUACGCAGCGGCAGCCACGCACAACGGCAUGCCGCCCUCAGUGGCCGCCGCCGCCACCUCCCUGUACGGGGCCCACCCGGCCGUCCACGCACCCCAGCAGCACCACUACUGCCCCUCCCCCGCCGCCUCGCAAGUGGCGGCUCAUCACGAGCUAUACGCGCCGCAGCACCGGGCGGCGGCGGCGCUCCACCACUUGCACCACCAGCAACCACCAGUCCUCCACCACCCGCUUCACGCGUACAAACCGCCGCCUUCUUACGCCCAAACGACACAGAGCUCCCCGGCGUCUGGUUACCGCUCCGAGAGCAUCGAAGACGGGAAGUCGUCGGAGAGCGGCGGAAGCUGGAAAGGCGACAGCGGCAGCGAUAACGGCGGCAAAGCCGUGCUGUUAAGAGAGGGAGGUGAAAUGGGCAAAAAUAACGGGACGGAGAUCAGUCUCAAAUUCUAACGUUUUCUUAGCUUGCUUGAAACCCUUAUUAUUAUUGGGAAUUAGCGUUGAUUUUUUUUUUAUUUAUUUAGUUCUAAGAUAAGCUAAAGUAUAUACUUCGUAUAUAUAUAUAUAGAUUCAAUAAUUAUGUUUGACUACGGAGUAUGCUUGAUAGGCCAAUAAUUACAGAUAGUAUUC